AAAGACAAAGGUAGAAAAAUCUUUCUAUUGUUCCCUCUCAGAUCCUGUUUUAAAACGUCGGCCAGCAACAUCACCCACCGGCCGCCAACUGGAGGACCAGCGCAGCACAGCACCACCCAGAGGCCUGGUACAGACCGACAGCCCAAACUUCCUCUGCAGUGGCCUGCCGCAGCACUGGAGGUGUAACAAGACCCUGCCGAGAACCUUCACUGUUGUCGCCCUAGGCAAUGACGUGCCAGACGGCGUUGCUGUCACAGUGAUGGCUGGCAAUGAAGAAAAUAGCAGCGCUGAGCUACGCAACGCCACAGCAACCAUGAAGCAAGGCUACGCCCACUUUAAUGACCUCCGCUUCAUAGGUCGCAGCGGGAGAGGCAAGAGUUUCACGCUCUCCAUCAAUGUGCUGACCUCGCCUCCUCAAAUCGCCACCUUACACAGAGCCAUCAAGGUGACUGUGGACGGACAGCGGCUGCCAAGACGGCAGAGGCAGAAGGAGGUGAAGUCAGGAGUGUUCAGGUCAUCCUGCAGCGGCACUGCAUCAUCAGAUUGUAGGUCCUUUUCCUCCACCCUGUGGACCAACGAUUCUACGUUCCUGGGCCAGGUGAACUCGUUGACUUCCUCCUUCACUCCAAGUCCCAGAAUGCACCACCUGCCUGCGCUCUCCUACUCCACCCAGCACACACCCUACAGCUCCUACCUGUCUUCUGCUCCUCCUCCUCCUCCUCCUCCCCCUCCGCUGAGCCACAGUGGUCCGUUCCAGCCGGGCAGCUUCUACUACGGACCGAACCAACAGCUCCAAACAACAGGGGAGGACCGCAAUGUUGUCGCAGCACUGACCAAUUAUAUUGAAGGGGCGUGUCUUUCCAUAAGAGGGGAAGAGCCUGUCUGGAGACCUUAUUGAUGAUCAAAUAUUUCACUGUUUUUUGGAAAGUUUUACUUUAUUUUCACUCUUGGACUCUCUAAAAUAAAAAAAAUUAACUUCUCUGUUGUUUGUCAGCAACUGUAACUUCUGUGUACUACGGUGAUUAUGCUGUUCUUAUUUACUGUAAUGCAUUAUGUAU